UUUCAUCUUCCAAAUUUCCCAAAAAUAAAAAAUGAAAAUGGCGUCAAUCUCAACAUGUUUCUCUCUAACUCCAAAAUCUCGCCUUAUCCUCUUUACUUCAAAAUCUUCCCUUAAUUUAAAGCCUCCCGAUUCUUUUUCCAGAACUCAAACACUCGUUUUCCCCAGAAUUUCUUGGAAAAAUCCAAACCCUAGGGUUUUUGUUCCUGUUGUUCGAGCAAGCAUCGAUGUAAACGCUGGAGUGAGACCUGGAAGUGUUGUGGAGAGUGAUAAGCUGCCGUCUGAUGUUAGAAAGCGGGCCAUGGACGCCGUUGAUGCUUGUGGAAGAAGAGUCACCAUUGGUGACGUGGCCAGUAAAGCUGGGCUUACUUUGACUCAAGCUCAAAAGGCUCUCCAAGCUCUUGCCGCUGAUACUGAUGGUUUCCUGGAGGUCUCGGAUGAAGGUGAUGUCUUGUAUGUUUUUCCAAAGGAUUAUCGUGCAAAACUUGCUGCCAAGUCAUUUAGGAUAAAAGUAGAACCUUUGGUUGAAAAGACAAAGGCCGGGGCUGAGUAUUUAAUAAGGGUUUCUUUUGGGACAGCUCUUAUAGCUUCAAUUGUUAUUGUUUAUACUACAAUAAUUGCUCUUCUUUCAAGUCGGAGUGAUGAAGACAAUCGUGGAAGGCGAAGCAGAUCAUACGAUACGGGAUUCACAUUUUACGUCAAUCCAUUCGACAUGUUUUGGUACUGGGAUCCAUAUUACUACAGAAGACGACGAGUACGUGCCGAUGAUGAUGACAACAAAAUGAACUUUGUUGAAUCUAUUUUCUCAUUUGUGUUUGGAGAUGGUGAUCCAAAUCAAGGAAUUGAAGAAGAAAGGUGGAAGUUGGUAAUAUUUCGGCAUUGAAUUCAGUGGUCCGUU